AUGUCUCUAACAGCCGUCCUGUCCGCCGCGACUUCAGUGGCGGAUCCAGGAGACGGUGGACAUGAGCGAAAAUGGGCAGAUCAGACAAGGAAACAGCGCGAUUUAUAUACGCAAUUCGUGAUUAGUUCAGCACUCGGUUUGGUGGCUUUUUUUUCAUUCUGCGUUCUCCGACGGAAAUGGACGGCGUUGUAUGCUGCACGCAGACGACUACGUUGCGCAGCAUCUCAGUUGCCAGAGUUACCUCACACCUUUCUAGGUUGGAUACCGGUUCUCUAUAAAAUUACGGAAGAUGAGGUGUUGGAAUCUGCAGGUCUGGAUGCAUAUGUUUUCCUGUCUUUUUUCAGAUUUGCUAUCCAAUUCCUCUCCCUCGUUUUUAUUUUUUCCGUACUCAUCAUCCUUCCGGUUCAUCUCAAGUAUACCGGUAAAUAUGGCAUCCCGGGGUGGGAUACUGAUGACGGUGACGAGGAGAAUUGCGACGAUUACGUCUGCGAUUAUGGUCAUAAAAAGGAUGGGAAGAAAUUUGUGCCGGACCCUACGUAUCUCUGGAUUUACGUUAUUUUCACCUAUGUCUUCACCGGGUUGGCCGUCUAUUUGCUUCUUCAACGAACAAACAAGAUUAUCCGGAUCAGGCAAAGGUUUCUCGGCGGUCAGACAAGCACAACAGACAGGACUGUUCGGUUGUCUGGCAUUCCGCCAGAGAUGAGGUCUGAAGAUACUAUAAAGGGAUUUAUUGAGAGCCUAGAGGUCGGGAAAGUUGAGGGCGUAACCCUGUGCCGCGAUUGGCAUGAACUGGACUCUCUGGUGGAUGAGAGGUUGAAGAUCUUGCGGCAACUUGAACGAGCUUGGACAAAGCACAUUGGCUAUAAGAGACCGAUACAGGAUGGCAAUUCUGUGCUUUUGACGCGGCAACGACCGUCGGGUUCUAGUCAACUGUUAGAUGAUAGUUCGGAGCAGGCCCACCUUCUUUCAGAGAGUCGCGGAGAGUUUCGCGGCAGUUGUGACAGGCCACGACCUAAGAUACGUUUAUGGUAUGGGCCCUUCAGGCUACAGUACCGGAAGGUCGAUGCUAUCGAUUAUUACGAGGAGAGGCUACGCCGAAUCGACGAGAAGAUUGAGGACGCGCGGAGGAAGGAAUACCCGCCCACGGAGCUGGCUUUUGUCACCAUGGAAUCCAUUGCCGCCUCGCAAACACUCGUGCAGACAAUCAUUUCCCCUCGUCCAAUGCGCUUGUUUGCUCGACUUGCCCCGGCUCCGGCGGACGUCGUGUGGAAGAACACUUAUCUGCCACGACCAAGGCGAAUGACGCAAGCCUGGUUCAUUACUUCUGUCAUUGGAUUCUUGACUAUUUUCUGGUCGUUUCUUUUGAUUCCAAUCGCUUACGUUCUAGAAUUGGAGACUCUGCAUAAAGUGUUCCCUCACUUAGCAGACCUUUUGUCGGAACAUCCUCUUGCGAAGUCUCUCAUUCAGACUGGUCUUCCUACGUUGGCUCUCUCGCUGCUGACGGUUGCAGUCCCGUAUUUGUAUAAUUGGCUUUCAAAUCAACAGGGAAUGAUCUCCCGGGGCGAGGUCGAGCUUUCUGUCAUAUCAAAGAAUUUCUUCUUUACUUUCUUCAACCUGUUCCUUAUUUUUACCCUUUUCGGAACCGUGACCACAUUUUAUGGUUUUUGGGAAGAUAUUCAAAAGAGGUUCAGAGAUACGACGACGAUUGCAUUUGCGUUGGCUAGAUCUCUAGAAUCUCUGACACCGUUUUAUAUCAACUUUUUGAUCUUGCAAGGUCUGGGCUUGCUUCCCUUCCGACUUUUGGAGUUCGGCAGUGUGACGAUGUACCCGAUCAAUUUCCUUUCCGCUAAGACGCCGCGCGAUUAUGCUGAGCUGUUGACUCCGCCGAGAUUCAGCUACGGGUACUCUAUUCCUCAGACAAUCCUCAUAUUUAUUAUCUGCAUUGUGUACAGCGUCUUUCCGAGUUCGUGGUUGAUCUGUCUUUUCGGUCUCGUAUAUUUCAACCUCGGGGAGCUCAUCUAUAAAUAUCAGAUCCUGUACGCUAUGGACCACCACCAUCAUUCCACAGGUCGUGCGUGGCCGAUGAUCUGUAGCCGUGUCUUUGUGGGCCUUUUGGUGUUCCAGAUUGCUAUGAUAGGCGUCCUGGCUCUACGCGGGGCGAUCACACGCUCCUUGCUCCUUGUGCCUCUUCUUGGCUUAACCGUUUGGUUUACUUUCUAUUUUUCUCGGAACUAUGAGCCUUUGAUGAAAUUCAUCGCCUUGAAAAGCAUUGACCGCAAUCGCCCCGGUGGGGGAGGAGACAUCUCCCCUCGGCCUUCAUCGACUUUCUCUCCUCCCUCGGGCCUUGAUCGCGAUGCCCUUCCGAUCCGAAUCGGUGGACAGGAUCUUGGUUUGAGAUUAAAGAAAUACGUUAAUCCUAGCCUCAUCCUGCCCCUGGAUGAUGCAUGGCUUCCGGAGUCGGUAAUCGCUCCUCGUGAGCCCUCCAUUGGAGAUGACCAACUGGCGAACGGUUCGCCUGUCUGA